GGUGCAUUGCGCCUGCGCAGAGCAUCCAGGGCUCGGCGGUGCUCGGUGCUGUGGGGCGGAUGGCAGAAAAACAGCGGCGAUGGACUUUAAACCGCGGGAUUGUCGCGCGCCAUGUCGUUAAAGCCGCAUCAGAGCUUCAGUCUGCAGCAGCUCCGCGCAGAGGACAGUGACAGAGGACAGGGACACGCGGCGCACGGGGAUGCUCCAUCUGUAAAUGACACAUUCUCCAGGUGAAAACGACGUUUAGGAGGAAACGGUCGACGCCGCCACAAGAAUCACAGACCAGGACGACGGGAGCGAUGCUUGGUGUUCGGUCCUGCUCUUGAGUCGCUGAAGUCGCUCAGUGAUGGUGAGUCCGGGCGGUGACUCUCUGUGGUCAGACCAGCCUCAUCACGACGUCCAGAGCCAAGACGGUCCAGCCAUCGGUCAACGAGUUACCUCAGCGCCAUGACGGAUUUGACUCGCCUGGUUUUACAAAAUCACUAAUUCAUGCCCCGCAGUGUGAGUGGAGUGGAGAUGAGAAAAAGGCAGGCGGCUCACAUCGAGGCUCCAGCCCCCGCCCCCGGACAGCCCCGCCCCAACACCUGCUGCCUCUGCUGGUGCGGCUGCUGCAAGUGUCUGUGGAAUGAAGACAGGAUGGAGAGGAGUGAACGACAAACCUGUAAAAUGGACAGUAUCGAGGCUGGAGACGAACAACACCCCACUCUGGAUGAGGUGCUGUCGUGGGCUCGGAGCUUUGAGCUGAUGCUUCGAUCUUUAGAAGGACGAGAGGUUUUCAGAGAAUUCCUGCGCUCCGAGUACAGCGAGGACAACCUGCUGUUCUGGUUGGCCUGUGAUGAGCUGAAGACGGAAACCAACCCCGCGGUGGUGGAAGAAAAAGCGAGAAUCAUAUACGAAGAUUAUGUGUCGAUAUUAUCACCCAAAGAGGUGAGUCUGGACUCUCGGGUCAGAGAAGGAAUCAACCAGAGUCUAGCAGAGCCCAGUAACCUGAUGUACGAGGAGGCCCAGCUGCAGAUCUACACCCUGAUGCAUCGCGACUCCUACCCUCGCUUCCUCAACUCGUCCGUUUACAGAGACCUCCUGGCCAGCAGGAGGCGCACUUGCCUCGACACCUAAGCACUCUAUUGCCAUCCUAUACCAACGAUACUACUACUUAAACUUCAAAUACUACUAUGGUGCCAGAAGUCGGGUUUGAAAAAAUCUUUACCUGGUUUGUGGUUGAAGAGACUGACAUCCAAAAUAGCUGGUUGUUUUUUAUUUAUAUUUUUAAGCAAUUUCUAUCCAGUCCUGUGCUGGUUUAGGUUGGCCUUAGCUGGUUGAUGAUUGGACAAACGAUGGCUCUAACGCUGGCCAGUGUAGCUCAGAGCGUGCGGUUUGGGGCGGCGACUGGCCCGGCCGCUCCUCAGCAUGUGUUUGAAACGGCCAAACUCACGGCCGGCGGUUUGUAACUGGAUCAGAAGCUAAAAGCUAAAAGCUAAAAGCUAGCGACGAGACACAAGGACAAGCCAACUGUUCUGUACUGUAACCCUAUAUUAACACGUUAUGUUUUUAUCUCCAUGUCUUCACUGAUCAUUAUGUUUCAUACUUUUAUGUUUUGUUUCCUCGUUUGUUCCGCUCACUCAUGGUGGAAGUGUUAGGGCUUUUACCGGGAAGCACUGGCUUUGCACGCAGCUCGUUUUCUCUACAGUAAAUCUGCCGUGGACUGCAGCAGUGGAGUGUGUCAGGAUGUGGCUCCCUGUCACUUUGUCAGACUGUUUACUUUCAGUCAAGGGAAAAUUCUUGCCAAUUGAAGCUGAAGUCUCUGAAGCUGUGGCAAAGGCCCAGGUCCCGUGUCCUUCCACCUGUGCAUCUGUCCGUCCUGUUUUCUGGGAGACGUAAGGGCUAAUGUGGUUGGGCAGCUACAUGUAGUAACUCAUGAACUUUAAAACGCCUUCAGAUCUAAGGACAGAGUUAUGUGAAAAGCAACCACAGUUUGUCCAUCCAAUCCUGCCCUCCCUCCCUUUACCUUUGACCCUUUACCUUUGACCCCUCCUUUUCAAAUUCAUCCAGCCUAAGCACAGGUGCCCAGUGGAAGGAGCCACACCCACUUUGAGUACAAAUCCUUCUGUACAUUUUAAGUAGAGAAGAAGUUUACAUUUUAGUAUUUUAUUACUACUGGGCUAAAAGCUAAAGGCUAAAAGCUACAGGCUAAAGGCUAAAGGCUAAAAGCUACAGGCUAAAGGCUAAAAGCAGGCUUGUUUUGGGUCUAAACGCCCAGGUUUUUGUCCGUGAGGUGUUUAAAAGAGCUGAUGGUGUUGGUCAUUGUGACACUUCAGGUUAACCAGGUGCCAAACAUGAUGUCAUGGAGCAGGGAGACGCUGAGACGUUGAGCUGAGACGUUGAGCUGAGACGUUGAGCUGAGACGUUGAGCUGAGACGUUGAGCUGAGACGUUGAGCUGAGGGCUUCGGGUCGUUGUUUUGCUCACAGACGUGCAGAGAAUCGUGGUCACUGAUGGAGUCUUUUCGAGCUGUUGAGGGGAAUCUGCAAAUUAAUGCUAACAAGCUAACGGACUAGCCUAGAGGUAGUUGUAACACAUUAGCCUUAUUGUACGAGGCUAAUCUAGGUGUCAGCAUGCAGUAGACAAGCAGUUAGCAUGCUUGUGCUAGCCAUGCUAACCCUUCAUCUCACAGCGGCCAUUACACUCUGGAUUGUUUCAUCUGAAUUUGCCAGCAUGCUAAAAUAAAACAUUUAUCAGUGUAUGAUACAGUUACACAACAGAAAAAAGUAAAAACAAAAGAUAUAAAAGAGGAGUCUUGUUUAAACACAUUAACUUAGUAACUCAUCUCGUUUUUGAUGUGAACCUUGUUCUUGGCCUGUGGAUGUGCUGUAGAACGUGCAUGAGUGCAGCGUAUGCGACGUUAACUCCAGAUACACAUGUGACUCAAUGGCGCCGGCUCCAGGUUUAGUCGGUAUAAAACAGUGCCACUUCUUUAGUAACUACCUGAAAUCUACGUGCCAAGAGUCGGAUACAGUUAAAGAGGAAAACUCGCACAGAAUCAUGAACAUUUGGGUUCUUGAAGUUGUGCUAAAUUUUCAGCCAAAACAGUUUAUUUCGUUCUGAUCUUUUCUGAUCGACUCGUUUGGAGCCAGAACGAUGUUCAUUUUUGCCAAUCACAGUUUAAGGGUAAAUGCUCCUCUUUUCUGACCUGGAGUUUUGACAUUUUCGUGUUGGUUGUGUCAAGUUUUAGAUCCAACCAAACGUUUUUCUUUGUGGUUGUAUUCAAAUAAAUUGUUUGUACUUUACUAUUCGGCAAUACAGAACUUAGAUGAGGAUUACAUAACACUCAUAAGGGCUCGACCGAGGGCGCCACUGGGGGCGCCACUGAGGCCCCUUUGAGGGCUCCGUUGAGGCUCCACGCAUGUUCAAUUUAGGCCCCACUGAGGCCCCACUGAGGCUUCACUGGGGGCAACACUGAGGCUUCACUGAGGCCCCACUGAGGCUUCACUGGGGGCAACACUGAGGCUUCACUGAGGCCCCACUGAGGCCCCCUUGAGGCUCCAUUGGGGUAUUAUCUGUUUCUGCAGAGCUGUGCUUGUUUUGUGGGAAGUUGAGGUUACAGCCUAAUUCCUCUUUUUUGGAAAUGUUCAUGGGUUGUUCAAAAAAAAAUCUGAUCCAACAUUUGACUUGGUGAAGAAACGCCAAAAUGUCUCUUUUUACAAACACACGCUCCACAGUCCGGUCUCUUUUUGCCGCUGUUAAGACGAAUGUUUUAUCUACGACAGAAACUGAACUCAUGGUGCAAUUAAACACGUUUACAUGUACAACACGUAGUGAAGUGUGUCCAGUACUAAGGGUCAAAGGUCAACUGUCGCUGGUCACUCGAGUCUGGACGUGUCUUACAGCCGUGACUCGGACCUCGACACUCGCUUUGGUCACUCACCUCGUUAUGACAAACACAUUUUACAAGCAGUGACGCUGAAAUUAAGUGACAGAGUUUGUGUCUCAAUGGUGUUUUUAUAUUUACAAGAGGGACAGAGGGACACAGAGACACAGAGGGACACAGACACAGAGACAGACAGAGGGACACAGAGGGACAGACACAGAGAGACACAGACACAGGAGGACACAGAGAGACAAACACAGCUGAUGUUUCCUCAAAGCUCUGAGGUUUGACCUUUCACCUUUUCCUUUAACACAAACAGUCCACAGACUUGUAUAGAAAAGAUGAUAUUAAAUAUAUAUAUUCUACACAUUAUAUGAAGUGUCUCUAGGCUUUUCACUACCUCUCAUGUUAAGUUAUUUCACUUCUUAUUGUUCAUGUUCGACUUGUUUUAGAUCUACUUGAAGCCUAACACUGUAAACAAAAUGUGCACAGAAACAUGGAGAAGGGGUUGGAGAGCUCCGCCUAGUGGACAUUAUUGUUAUUAUCUUGUGUUGUGUGUUUGUUUUAGAUUUUGUUGAGCUGAAAUAGAUUUUACAUCUCUAUAAAUAAUUCAGGAAAUCCACUGUCUAAGGGCUAAUCCCAUUUUGCCUAUGCAAAUCUGUAACUGUCGAGGAGGAAGAGGAGCUCAGCUCUUCCUCCUGUCGUAGAUGGACCAUGGUUUACAUCGUCGCCCUUCGCUGAUAUUCAACCCGUUUGGCAACAAUGAUGAUAUAUAUAUAAUAGAAUAUACAGAGAAAAUGGCAUAUAUAUAUAAACAGAUGAAUGUUGUGUAAAUGUGGCUGUGCUGGAGUCGUGUGAGACAAACAGGCGGCUCAGUCUGUAGAGUUUUCUCAUGUACAGUGCUGUGCCGGUGUUUAAGGCAGGAGAUUACAUCAUAUUUAUGUAAAUGCUGCUAUGAUGGAUGUGGGCAAAGUCACGUUGCCAGAUCAUGUUAUUCUCUCACGUUUUAUAUUUAAAGAUCGAUGUUAAAAUGCAGAAAAUGUCAAACGUGGCAACUUUUUUUCUUUAUUGUGAAACAGAGACAGUGGCACAGUACUGUAUGAAGUAUCACAAUCUCAGUCUUUUCCUGGGACUGGGGCAAACCUGGAAAUCAAACUGACCGAGCUGUGGUGACUUUAGGCGACUGCAGGUGGCGCUAUCCCCAGUGUCUCCUUCAUGUUUGAGUCUUUGGUUUUUCUCCGUAGCUACAUCUUUCAAAGGUGAUCACUGUGUUCUUUGCAGUAGCGUUGGCGUCAGCAGACGUGGGUUUUCUCUUGUUUUUUUGUCCACUAAUGCGACGAUGUUGGAGGCAGAAAACGUAAACGACCGACUCGGCUCAAACGCCAAUUUACGGUUUGACGCUGAGUCUUUAUAAAGGUCUGAAAAGCUUGUUUUUUUAUCUUUGUACAGAUGUUUUAAUUCCACAUCUGGAACAGGAGAAUAGCUGGUGUCCUCCCAGUGCAUUGUGGGUCAUAGCUCUUUUCAGUAGUUGUUUUGGGAGCGCGUUCCCUCAGAUGGAUUUGGUGCCUCUUUUCACUUCACGACCGACCUCAACUUUUUCAAAAGCUUUUUCAAAGUGUUUCUCACGUCCUUCCUGUCGGUGUCAUCACAGUUUAAGUGCGAACACAACAGCAAAAACCACACUCUGUGUCAGCGUCGUCUUUGUGAUACUUUGGGAACAAGAUAUUUUUCGAAGCUGGUGGAAGUGAAAAAAUAAUUCUUCAGAUUUUAGGCAAUCACUUUUCUCUUUAUUGAUUUCGAUGCCUAAGCCUCUCGGUUCUGUCAUGCCUUUGUAGAUAAACAGUCCUAAAGGUGAACCCGCCCGGGACCCGCCCGGGACCCGCCGGUGAAAAGAACUUUGCUGUCACUCAAGUGAUUGAAUAGUGACAUUUUUCUAUUGAGCAUGCUUUUUGCUAAAUAAAUGAAAUAAUUCAGUUAUUUGCUAUAAACGAUACUGUAUGAGUAUGUAUCCGAGUACUGCAGUAUGCAGACUAUUAAAACACCAGAAACUCUUUUGAGAGCUUCAUCGUUUUGUUGUAUGUUUCAGAAAUAUUCGUUUUUCUUUUUCUGUUGAGCAUCAGUCAUCAGUGUCCCCCUGAAACAAAAGCUCAUUUAACUGGUUCCCCUUUGCUCAUUAAAACAUCACAACUGCAGUUAGAAGUUUGAUUGUUUAAAAUAAUAUAUCAGUGUAUUUUGAAAUCACAAAAAAAGGAAAAAAAAAAGAGCAGGUAAUGUCUGAUUGAGGCUUUGGGAGCUCAGUGCACGAUCCCACAGUCACUGGAGGAUUUCAGGACGUGUCACUGUGGAGCCUGAACUCACUUUAAUCAAACAUGAAGAGCUCAUUUGCAAAAACAGAAAAGUGCCAUUUGAAAAAGUCACUGGAGGCUUUAGUUUUACUCUCCUGAUGUUUUCAAAAACCAAAUGUAUUUUACAGCUCAAAAUAUAACCAUCCCCUCUCCAUAAAAUCCACUUUACACGAUUGUAAAACCUGGAGAAAAUGGAAACAAAAAGAAAAACAAAAUGGACGCCUGUUUUUGCAGCGACCUCUUCAGUUUCUUCUUCACGUUCUGUAGCAGCUCAUGAGGUUCUUGUUUCACGCUCUCGUUUACGUCGGGCGGAUGUGAACUCCACAAACGACAUUUUUAACUUCACACUUUUUAAAUACGUUGCCUUUGUUGAGAUUUCGGUUAAAAAAAAAAACAGACCUCAGAUUAUGAACACACUCCAGAUAAACACGUGUUGGUGCAUCCAGCUAGAAAACAACACGAGAACAGAACGAUAUUGUGCCAAAAACAUUUAGCGUAAAGGUUAAAGGUCAUCCACAACCAGUAUCACAGCUACACCAGACUUUGUAAAACUCGCACUGAUAUUUUUGAGAUGAUCACAAAUGCUGUUCACGAUUUUCCAUGUACUGUUUUAAUUUAUUUGAAGCCGACGGCCGUGUUUUGCCCGUCACUUCUGUCCACGCACAUUUCAAAAGACUUCAGGCAGUACACGCUCACGCCGCCACGUUCAGUUGUGUUUUGUCUGUUUACAUGACGACCACGUUUUGCAUUAACAAAGAAAGUCCAUAUAUGUAACUGCCCUUGAAUCUCUGUAAUAAAAUAGUGCUGCUAGAGAAAGGAA